AUGAAAUUCCAACUAAAAUCGAUCCUUUCGUCAGUCGCUUUUCUUCUGGCAGCAGUUAAAGCCGAUGAGGUCAAGCUGUUUACUUCCGACGGUGUUGUCUACAGUUAUGCUGUCGUUACGAGCACGAUUGCCCCUCCCAGCGUUCGAGUGGAAACGCACUACUACACAACAUUCCGUGUCAGAGAGACUACUUUGGCGGAUUCAGAAGUACAAACUACAACAGAGAAGAUCAUAUCUGCUUCUGAGACAACUUCGCCGGUUGAAAGCCCAUACAGCUCCACGACACCAACAUUUUCCUCACCUUCCAGUAGCCAGACCGAAGAAUCAAGGAGCAUAUCAACUUUAAUGCCUUCCUCCGUGGUUUCUUUGACCACUAAUACUGGUUUCACUUCCUCAUCGAGCUCAAGCACAAGCUUCUCCCAAUCAUCGAGCUCCGCAAUAUCCAUCGUAAGCACAUCUUCACAGUCGGCAUCCCCCACAGUUAGUAGCGUGGAUGGCUCGUCCACAACACGGACUACUGUGACGGGAACCGACGGUAAAUGCACGGUGUAUUAUGAUGAUGCCGAAUAUUACAGUACAGUGUAUCUGACUGAACCCAAUCAAUCGGUAGAUGCAGCAACCACCAUAACGAGCACUAGGCUGGUCUAUGAAACCUUGACACUGAAUUGA